AUGGAGAAUUUUGUGGAUGUGGCUCUCUCCGUUCCACCCUAUAAGAUCCCGCUCCUUCCUCUUCUUCCUUCCUCAUCGUUAACCACCAUCCUUUCACCAGUCACCAUGUCUACCAGCUUCUCUUUUGCCGUCGCCGUCGAUCCCGUCAUCGAGAAACUGCAGCGCGAGUUCACAGCCAUUAGGGUGCGUUUGGAUGGUGAAACGGCUUCCAUCCCGGACGAGUCUGAGGGAUUGGAGGAAGAGCGGAAGGAUUGGAUCGUGCGCUGGCAGACAUUUGUGAAGGAUCUGUCCGAGUGCACGGGUGCCCUGCAAGCUAAGGGCAUCCCGUACACCUUCACGCCUGAAGAGGUUGCCAAGGGCGAGACCGGCAACACCACCUGUGCCCGCUUCGUCGCUGAAGUCAAGGCGGCGGACGAGGAUCGUGCGCGCAAGAGCGCUGAAGAGGAUCGUGCACGCAAGAGUGCGGCCGAGGCUCUGAAGACACCCGUGGUCGAGGGUAAGCCGGUGGAUGAGGAAGGGCAAGCAACUGUGCGCGCCCCACGUUUGGAGAAGGGGAAGGGCAAGAGGACUGCUGAGGAUGUUGAGUCCGAGGUAGAGGACGUGACGGACAAGGAGAUCAGGGUAAAGCGCCCUCCCGUUGGUCGCAUGACCCCAUACAACCCUGCGAUCGGCAAACCGUCUCCCCGGCACGCCGUUCGUUGCGGCAAGUGCACGCUCAUCAAACGCGAUUGUUACGGCUUUCCGGGCGUUUCUUGCGACAGCUGCAAGAAGUUGAAGGUCGGCUGUACCCACUCCAAGGGUAAAGGCAAGAGCAAGAAGCGCCGUAUUGAUACACCCCCUCCCAUUCCUUCCGGCUCCCGCGCUCGUUCGUCCGGGCGCGCUCGCAACUCUGCGGAUGACGCCACUACCGCCCCUUCCAUCGAUCCGGAACCAGAGGCCGAAGAAGAUGCAGACGGGGAGGAGGAGGAAGAGCUAGGUGCGGUUCCCAGUCUGGCUCAUUCUGGGUUGGAGGAUGAAGAGAUUGUUAUCCGCGGUGAGAUCCGCCACCUCCGCGCCAAGGUUUUCCAGGCCAAUGCCCUCUUAAUGGAGGUGGCCAACGGCUUAGAUCUCUUAGAGUACCGUUUAACCCGCAAGCAGGAUUAG